GUUGUAGUCAGGCAGUAUCUCAGAAACUUGUACCCAGUAUUGAACAAAGUAAAAGAAAGUAUAAACUUGCAGAUGAAAAAUUGAAUAGCAAUGAAAUUGAAGAAUUUGAUGAAGAUAAAUUUGGUGCAGAGUUUGAAUUAAU